UAACUGCGUCAUUUCCGAAACAGGAGCGCGGUAUGGGUGCAUGACAGAAAGCUCCACACUACUACCAUACUAGUACUUUUCUCAAAAACUUCGAUACUAAGUAGUUGGAAUUUGUAUUGAUCUUUGACUUUUGGCACCGAGGUGCCACCCUAUUCUGUGAUUUAAGAUGAGUGACGACCCUGACUCUUUCCCCGAGAGGGAAAUGAAGGAUUUUCAAUUCCGACAGAUGAAGAAAAUCCGCGUCUUUGACUCGCCAGUAGAGUUACCAAAAGACAGAUCCAAUUUGCUUGCAGUGUCGAAUAAGUUUGGACUGACAUUCGUGGGGCUUGACCGAACACUGAAAGUUUUCUUUACGAAGGACAUCAUUGAUGCCGUCAAGGACGUGGGCAACCCAAAUGAAAUCGUGGAGGGGGUAAAAGCUCUGGAGGUGCCAGUGGAGUUGCCCCUGCACCACCUGGCUCUGAGCAGUGAUGAGCUCACUGUGUCCGCCUGCGGGAUGUCCGAGGAGGCAGGACUCUCCAUGGCCUUCUACGACGUGCGCUCCUUUCUCAACAAGGCCAGGCAGGAGAAGGCCCCUUUCGCGUCUUUGCGGCCAGGCAGUGACUCGGGCACCCUGGUGCAGGACCUCAAGUGGAACCCAGUGCAGGCGUCCAUGCUGGCUGCCUGUCUGUCGGACGGCAGCAUGAUGGUCCUGGAGGUCACCAGUGAGGUCAAGGUGACAGCCCAGCUCCCCCCCGCCGUGGGAAUCACCUGCGUGUGCUGGAGCCCCAAAGGAAAGCAGGUGGCAGCUGGGAAGCAGGAUGCUACAGUCAUCCAGUACACACCAGCCCUGCAGGAGAAGAAGGUGAUCCCCUGUCCGAGCUUCUACAGCUCAGACAACCCUGUUAAAGUGCUGGACGUGUUGUGGCUGAGCACCUUUAACUUUGCGGUGGCGUAUGCAGCAGCGGACGGCUCCCCGGAGACGCCCCCCGAGCUUGUGGUCGUGUCCCUGCCCAAAAAGGAUGAGAAAAGGGCAGAGAGGUAUCUGAACUUUAAUGACCUGGUGUACGGCACCUGCACAGAGAGACAGCACCACUACUUCCUCUGCCACAUUGAGGACUGGGAUCUGGUGCUUGCUGCGUCUGCAGCCUCCAUUGAGGUCAGCAUCAUCGCCAAACAGGAGGACAAACAGCAGCCUGCGACUAAUUGGGAGCUGUGGCUGCUGGAGGAUGCCAGCAGGGCGGAGCUUCCUGUCACUCAGAACAGUGAUGACACACUGCCAUUGGGUGUCGCAAUCGACUUCACCAGUCAGGAUGAGAUUCACAUCUCGGACGAUAAGAAGCUUCCUGCGGCCCCCACACUGAUGAUGCUGUCCACGGACGGCGUGCUGUGCCCCUUCUCCAUGAUCAACAUGAACCCAGGGGCCAAGCAGCUGGUCGCCCCGGCAACCAGCCUAGCCCUGGACGGGGAGAGGCCACCCAGCGCAGGCAUUUCUGCUGCAGCCCCCACCUCACAGAGAGCCCCUCCCAGCACCUUUCCGCCCCUUCGUGCCCCUGUCAGCAGCUCCACACCUCCCCCUCCUGCAACUGCCACCUCAUCUGCCCCUGCCCCUGCCCCUGCUCCUGCCCCUGUCUCAGCUCCUGCCCCUGCCCCUGCUCCUGCCACUGGCUUCUCCUUUGGCUCUGCCCCCCCUGCCGCCUCCAUCCUCCUCCAUCUUCUCUCUGGGCUCUGCUGCCCCCCCUGCGGCCUCCACUGUUGCCCCCCCUGCCUUCUCCUCCUCCGCUGCCCCCCCUGCCUUCUCCUCCUCCGGCGGGGUUUUCUCAUUCUCCGCGGCCUCCAAGCUGCUGCCGGUGUCCGGCCCCCCCUGGUGGGACCCCCCGUGGUCCUGGGGGCGCUGACGCCAUCGGUGGUGGCGGCGGCCGCCUCCCCUGCCCUGGUGCCAGGCCCCACGCCACAGCGGCUGGCCACCGCAUCCCCGCUCACCAUCGCCAAGGAGCCGGCCACGCCUGCCGUCAGGCUCAACCUCAACGACAGGUUUUCAUCACUGGAGACCCCUGCUCCAUUCUCCUUCUCCUCCCCCAAACCCAGAUCUGCCCCUGAGGCCAGCGCCCCUGGAGCACCCCCAUCAGUCCCCAGCAAACCAGCAGCAGUGCGGCCAGUUCAGACCAGUACGGCUACUCCAGCGCCACCCAAAGUGGUCCAGACUGCACCUCCUCAACCCCAGACCAGCACACCUGAACAGGCUGCUGUGUCGGUGAAGGCUCUGGAGAAACAGCAGCUGAAAGACUCAGACCCAGUCAUGGCGGGCAUCUUGGAGGAGAUUGCCCACUUUCAGAAGGAGCUGGAUGAGCUGAAGGCUCGGAGCAGCAGGACGGACUUCAGGGUGGGCAGCAUCGAGGAGAUGAGGGAACUCCGCAAGGAGUCCGAGGACCUGCACGUCUUCACCCUGGAGAUUAAAGAGACCACAGAGUCUCUCCACGGAGAUAUCAGCACGCUAAAGACGACGUUGCUGGAGGGCUUUGCGGGGGCCGAGGAUGCCAAGGCUCACUGUGAGCUCAACAACGACCCCAGCUACCUCCAGCUUCUCUACAAGAAACCCCUCGACCCACGCAGAGAGGACCAGCUCAAGGAGAUCCGGCGGCUGUACCAGUAUGUGAAGUUUGCGGUGGAGGAUGUGAACGCCGUGCUGGAUGUGGAGUGGGAGAAACAUCUGGAGAACAGGAAGAAGCAGAAGCACAUGGUCAUCCCUGAGCGGCACAUGCUGUUCAACGCGCUGGCCAACAACCUUGAGAUCAUCACGCAGCAGAAGCUGAAGCUGGACCAGCUGCUGCGUGACCUGCACAGCCUGCGCCUCUACAGCAAGACGGCCGCCUGGACCACCCCCAGCCUGCCCUCUACCGCCCCCUCUGGACAGAGUCUUGACAAAGAGCUGGAGGGGCUGAGGGACGCGCUACUCAAAGCCAGUCUGGAGACGUCCCCCAAGACCACCUCCAAAUCUCCAGGCAUAAUGACUCCAGCUAAGCAGUCCCAGCUCAGGAAUUUCCUCUCGAAACGCCAGACCCCGCACGUCAGGUCUACAGCUCCAGCCAGCCUGUCCCGCUCAGCCUUCCUCUCCCCCAAGUACUACGAGGAUCUGGACGACGUCAGCUCCACGUCCUCGCUGUCGCAGGCUCUGGAGGUGGAGGAGCCGGGGGCGCUGCAUGUGGAGGAGGAAGAGGAGGAGGAGGAGGAGGUGGUCGCUCCGCUGCCCGUGGCCCCCCCUGCUAUGCCCCGCCACCCCGCUGUGGUCAGGACGCCCUCCAUCCAGCCCGGCUUCAGCCUGCAGUCCACGCCCUUCAGCAAGACCAGCCCGGCCCUGGGACUGGGUGCCGCCAUCAGCCCGAUACCGACCAAUAAUAUCAAUCUGGGCGGGGCCGAGAGCACAGCCCUGGCCACUAAGACUGUAAAACACGGAGCUCCGCCUACCGAGAAGGCCACGCCCCCUCCCGCCCAACAGGCUGCCGCCAACGCCGCCCUCCGCAGACAGAUGGCCAAUCAGAAGCCUGUGGGGACUUCUCUGACCGAAUCAACUCUGAAGACGGUGCCCCAGGUGGUCAACGUGCAGGAGCUGAAAGACAAGGGGCCCACCAUGCCCAUCUCCACGGUGAUCAGUUCGUCUGUUCCUGCCCCAGCAGUCCAGGUGAUUCAGCAGGUGUUGGCGACGACUACCAACCAGGCUAAACGGGGACCUGUGAAGGUGACCUCUGCUCCGCCUGAAGCCUCCACGCCAGCCCAGACCGGCUUUGUGUUCGGUGCGGUGACCAAAGCAGACGUUCCAGCAGCCACUGCAGCGUCCAGUGCGUCAACAGCAGGAGGGGAACAGAGCAGCAAGACCUUCAGCUUCUCAGCAGGGCCAGCUGCUGGUUUCUCCUUCUCCUCUGCACCACAAACAGUGAAAGAUGCCGGGUUGCCCAAGUUCUCCUUCGGCAGCAGCAGCAAGCUAUUUGGAGGUGCCGCUGACGAGACCUCCUCCAUCUUCCCCCCCAAAUCCACCUCCCCAGCACUAGGGGGCAGCACCAACGCCCCCACCCCUCCCCCCGUGGUGUCGGGGGAGCCGGUGAAGCUGACGUCGGCUGCGCCUGCGCUGAGAGGGGAGCCGCAGGCCCCCAAGCCGGCCGCCGUGGCGCUGGGCAGCGGCGGGGAGACGCUGGGCAGCUUCUAUGGCCUGCGUGUGGGUCAGGGCGAUGAGGAGGCCAAAGAGGCGCUCAAGGGCUUCAGCUUCGGCCAGCCGGCCAAUGGGAAGGGCACCGGCGGAUUCGGCCAGUUCAGCUUCGGGAGGCCAGCGGAGACGGUGGGUAGCGGCCAGACGGAAGCGUCCGGCGCCCCCUCUUCCACCGCAGCGGCGGCCGUGUCCGCGCCCAGCAGUAGCGUCUUCAAACCUCCAGAGUCGACGCCGGGAGCCUCCAAGCCGGCGUUCUCCGUGACGCACCCCAACACCUUCAGCCUGCUGACCGCUCCCCUGCCCCUCGACGGCACCGGCUCCGUUGAGGGCUCGGUGGGCUCCAGCGAACCCAUCCCACCUGCGGACGCCUCGCAGGCCCAGAGCGCGCCGAGCAUCGUGCCCGUCAGCCCCUCCCCGCCCCUGUCCGUGGAGGGCAGAGUGACCCCAGCAGCAGUCGCCGCAGACAAGCCGCCCACGCCACCCUCCCCUGCUCUGGUGGUCUCGCCCACCCCCCCUCCCUCGUCCGUCACCCCCCCAGCGGAGACCGCCCCCACCCCAGAUCCCGCCGCCUCGGCUGGAGCCGAGCCCCCUGCGCCUGCCUCCACCCUGACUCCAGCUCCUGCCCCCGAGGCCGCCCCUGCUGCCCCUGCUGCCCCUGCUGCCCCUGCUGCCCCUGACUCCAGCACCCCCGCCCCGCUGGCACCCCCCACCUCGGACAAACCCGGCUCCAUCUUCGGCCAGCCGCCACCCUACGUGGCAGCCGUGGCAGCGGUGGCAGCGGCGGCAGCGGCCACGACCCCUACGCCCCCACCGCCAACCGAAAGCACCACCCUCGGCAGCACCACCCUCGGCCUGUCCAGCCUCACCACGGUCAUCAGCACGCGGCGCCCCUCGCCCCUGCCACAGGCUUCGGCGCGCCCGACAGGAUUCGGGCCCCCCGCCCCCGCUGGACCUCCCACUGCCCCCUCCUCCACCCCCACGGCCCCCGCUGGAGCGUCCACGCCGCCGACGGGCUUCGGCGCGCCAGUGUUCGGCCAGGUGGGCGCGUUCGGCCAGCCGGUAGCGUCCACUGCUGUGGCGGGGGCACCGGGCUCUGCCAGCAGCUUCAGCUUCGGUCAGUCCAGCUUUGGCGCCGCUGCUCCCGGCUUCGGGCAGCCCGCCGCGUCCACUGCCCCUGCGCCAGUGGCCUCCUCCUCCUCGAGCGGCGGUGGCCUUUUCGGCGCGUCCUCGGCUGCUAGCAGCGCUAGCUCCUUCUCGUUUGGCACCAGCGCGGCCGGAUCGGCGGCCAGCACCGGCGCUGGCGGAGGCUCGCUGUUUGGUCAGAGUGGCACGCCCGCCUUCGGCCAGCAGAGCUCUGGCUUCGGACAGGGAUCUGUGUUUGGCAGCAAUACCACCACCACCUCCUCCACCGGAUUCAGCUUUGGGCAGCCCUCAGGCUUCGGGAGCACCCCCACCUCCUCAGUCUUUGGACAGCAGCCCAGCAGUGGAGGCAUAUUCGGACAGGCUCCAUCCAGCGGAAGUCUGUUUGGCGCUGGAUCAGCGGCCUCUGCACCGCCCCCCUCUGGCUUCUUCAGCGGCCUGGGGGGCAAACCCAGUGAAGACGCCGCCAACAAGAACCCCUUCGGAGCUACCACCGGCGGGCCAGGGUUUGGCCAGCCCAACCAAGCAGGCUCCAGCGGUCUGUUUGGGAACAGUGGGGCCAAGAACUUCAGCUUCGGGGGCUCAUCCUUUGGGGAGCAGAAACCCAGCGGCACCUUCAGCACUGGGGCCGGCAGUGUCGCUACGCAGGGGUUCGGAUCCUUUGGGUCCUCACCCACUAAGCCAGGUGGGUUUGGCAGUGCUCCGGUGUUUGGCAGUCCGCCAGCGUUCGGUGGAGCCCCGGCGUUUGGGGCAGGCGCCGCGUUUGGUUCGAGCCCCUCCUUCAACAGCCCCAUGGCCCCCAGCGCCGGGAAGGUGUUCGGAGAGGGGACCGCCGCCGCCAACAUGGGAGGAUUCGGGUUUGCAUCUCCUCAGAACACACCCACCUUUGGCAGUAUAGCCAAUCAGAGUGCUCCGUCCUUCGGGAAUCUGGCCCAGCAGAAUCCUGGGUUUGGUUCGACAGGAGGAUUUGGGUCUCCUAGUGGAUUCGGAGGUGGUGGUGGAGGUUUUACGGGGGGUUUUGGAAGCACCAAUCAGCAACCCCCAAGAUGGUCUGGACUUCGCUGACUCUUGUUUCUCACUCACUCCCCUUUGAUGAUGUCAACGUUUUGUUUCUCUUAAUUUCUUUUUUGUUUUGUUUUGUCUUGUUUGAAUCCAUCAUGGCAUUGUUUUAAAAGAUGCUAUAUUUUUUAGAAGCCCAUUAAACCUUCCUUGCAGGAAUGGAUCAAUAAAAGGCAAAAGUGUUGUAAACGUG